AUGUGGGCCGGACUGUUCCUCCGGGCCGCCUGUGUCGCGCUCCUGCUGCCGGGGGCCCCAGCCCGCGGCUACACUGGGAGGAAGCCGCCCGGGCACUUCGCAACCGAGAGGCGCCGGCUGGGCCCCCACGUCUGCCUCUCAGGGUUCGGGAGCGGCUGCUGCCCUGGCUGGGCGCCCUCCAUGGGCAGUGGGCACUGCACCCUUCCCCUGUGCUCCUUUGGCUGCGGGAGAGGCAUCUGCAUCGCUCCCAACGUCUGCUCCUGCCAGGAUGGAGAGCAAGGGGCCACCUGCCCAGAAGCCCACGGACCCUGCGGGGAGUACGGCUGUGACCUGACCUGUAACCAUGGCGGCUGUCAGGAGGUGGCCCGAGUGUGCCCUGUGGGCUUCUCGAUGACAGAGACAGCUGUUGGCAUCAGGUGUGCCGACAUUGAUGAAUGUUUAAGCUCCUCCUGUGAGGGCCACUGCGUGAACACAGAAGGCGGGUUUGUGUGCGAGUGUGGGCCGGGCAUGCAGCUGUCUGCCGACCGCCACAGCUGCCAAGACACUGACGAGUGCCUCGGGACCCCCUGUCAGCAGAGGUGUAAAAACAGCAUCGGCAGCUACCGGUGUUCCUGCAGAACUGGCUUCCACCUGCAUGGCAACCGGCACUCCUGUGUAGAUGUUAACGAAUGUCGGAGACCGCUGGAGAGGCGAGUCUGUCACCAUUCCUGCCACAACACCGUGGGCAGCUUCCUGUGCACAUGCCGACCUGGCUUCAGGCUGCGAGCUGACCGGGUGUCCUGUGAAGCUUUCCCGAAAGCCGUGCUGGCCCCAUCCGCCAUCCUGCAGCCUCUGCAGCACCCGCCUAAGAUGCUGCUGUUGCUUCCAGAGGCCGGCCGGCCUGCGCUCUCCCCGGGACACAGCCCUCCCUCUGGGGCUCCUGGGCCUCCUGCCGGAGUCAGGACCACCUGCCUGCCAUCUCCCACCCCUGCGCUACCAACAGCUUCCCCGGCUGCCCCGACCGGGGCGCUGUCCACCCCGAUGGCCACCCCAGGGCCUAGUGUGCCCCUGUUGGGGACGCUCAGACCUCCCUCACAACUGCAGGAGAAGGCGGUGGUCACCCCUUCCUUGCCCAGGGGCCCCACAGCCCCACCGCCAGCACCAGGGCCCUCUGGCUGCUGGCACCUGGGAACUGCGUAUGAGUCGGGGAGCCACUGGACCGAGCCCGGGUGUUUCCAGUGCUGGUGCGAGGACGGGGAGGUGACCUGUGAAAAGGUGACGUGUGAAGCUGCUUGUUCCCACCCCAUCCCCUCCGGAGACGGGGAGUGCUGCCCGUCGUGCACAGGCUGUUUUCACAGUGGCGUCAUAAGAGCCGAAGGGGCCGUGUUUUCUCCUCCCACGGAGAACUGCACCAUCUGCGUCUGCCUGGCUGGAAAUGUGUCCUGCAUCUCCCCCGAGUGUCCCCCUGGCCCGUGUCAGACCUCCCCAAGGUCAGACUGCUGUACUUGUGUUCCAGUGAGGUGCUAUUUCCACGGCCGGUGGUAUGCAGAUGGGGCUGUGUUCAGUGGGGGUGGUGACGAGUGUACCACCUGUGUCUGCCAGAACGGGGAGGUGGAAUGUUCCUUCACACCAUGUCCAGAGCUGGACUGCCCCCGUGAGGAGUGGUGGCUGGGCCCUGGACAGUGUUGCUUCACCUGCCGGAAGCCCACGCCCAUGACAGGUUGCUCUCUCGACGACAACGGGGUUGAGUUUCCGGUUGGACAGAUCUGGUCUCCUGGUGAUCCCUGUGAGUUAUGCAUCUGCCAGGCAGAUGGCUCCGUGAGCUGCAAGAGGACAGACUGUGUGGACUCCUGUCCGCACCCGAUUCGGAUCCCUGGACAGUGCUGCCCGGACUGUUCGGCAGGCUGCACCUACACAGGCAGAAUCUUCCACAACAACCAGACCUUUCCGUCUGUGCUGGACCCGUGUCUGAGCUGCAUCUGCCUGCUGGGCUCAGUGGCCUGCUCGCCCGUGGACUGCCCCAUCACCUGCACCUACCCUUUCCACCCCGACGGGGAGUGCUGCCCGGUGUGCCAAGACUGCAACUACGAGGGAAGGAAGGUGGUGAACGGCCAGGUGUUCACCUUGGACGAGGAGCCCUGUACCCAGUGCAUGUGCCAGCUGGGAGAGGUGAGCUGCGAGAAGGUCUCCUGCCAGCGGGCCUGCUCGGACCCCUCCGUGUCCCCUGGGGACUGCUGCGCCUCCUGCCCUGAUUCCUUGGAAGAAAGGCAAGGACUCGCCCCUCCUGGAGACGUGGAAUUCAGCAACGCGGCACGGAGUCCCCGUAGAGACACUGAGGCCCCUGUCAACUGCAGCUCCUGCCCAGGGCCCCCGGCAGCCUUGCCUCAGAGGCCAGCACUCCAUUUCCUCCAGUUCCUCUUCAGAACGAAUGUGUCUGACAUGCAGACUUUCCCCUGGAGCAGCCCUUCAGGAGCCCCGGCCUCACCCGCAGCCCCCGCGGGGCCCUCACCCGGGCCUUCCAUCCCUCCAGGAGCCUCCACUCUACCUCCAGCCUCUCCUGGGGCUCCUGGGCCACCUCCUGUUACUCGAGAGCCUCUGACCUCAGCCUCCGGGGCCCACACGACGGCCGGACAGCCUUCUCGGCCUGCAGCCGUCCUGACUGAUGCGUCAGCCCUUUCCAUGACAGACCCUGGCCCCUCAGAGACCCCCGUCACCCUGCUCAGGCCUCGCAGACUCUCUCCCACCACCUCCAGACCCUCGGCAGCCCUUGGGGCUACCGCCAGCCCCGGCCCCCGGCAGCCCACAACGGGGGCCUCACGCGAAGAGGAGUCCACCGGGUAA